AUAAACCACCCUCAUCGAGAACGUCUUUGUGAGACGGCGAUCUCGUUUUAGAUUCCUUACAGCAUGGCUACUCCUAAGCCUGCGCUUUUGGCGAUCUCCUUCACCUUGCUCGUCGCUUUCGCCAGCGCUGCGGCUCCUGCCGCCACUCCUGCAAAGGGCGCUCCUGCUACUCCUACUCCAGCUCCUGCGAAGAGCACUCCUGCGCCAUCCACUCCCUCUCCUUCCACCCCUGCACCUGUCGUCAUUCCUCCCGGCAAGGCCGCCAUCAACAGCCCCACUUUGAACGAGAAGCCCGACCAGAGCAGCAAGAAGGACGAUGGGCUCAUGACGCAAGUCCCCGCGGACAUCGCGAAGCAAGCCGCGACGGGCAAUGCGGCCGGCGUCACAUACGUCGACACGGCGCAGGAUUCCAUGUUCAUGGCCGAUGUUAAGAAGGCCGGCUGGAACGCGCAGAAAUGCCCGCCUGGACUUAACAAGGAGCGCGCGUCGGCGUGCACGCCCAAGAACUGCUCCCGGGGUGGAAUCCCCGCCAAGUGGAAGACUUCGUACCUGCAGAAGAGCAAGCUCGGUUACGAGCUGUACCAACCUGGUAACCCGCUGACGAUCACGAAGGCGAACCCCGCGUCGUGCUGUAACACGUGCGCCGGGAUGCCCCAGUGCACGUACUGGCAGUACAUCCCCGAUAUUACCAUCGACGGGAAGAAGGGCAAGGGCGCGUGCUUCCUCAUCCACGACAAAAUCGACUUUACCUGCGGAGAAAUGACGGCGCAGUAUUCGACGGAAACCAAGCCCGUGCCGCUGCAGGUGCGCAUCGGCGGCGAGUGCAACCCGCACCCGAAGGUCCUCAACGACCCGCAUCUGGUGGGAGCGCACGGCACGCACUUCGACUUCAACGGCCGCCCCGACAAGGCGUUCUGCCUGCUCACGGACCGCAACCUGCACGUGAACAUGCGCUCCGCGGGUACUACGACAGAGGACCGAGAACGCUGCGCUCGUGGUCGACGGAAAGGCGGUUCACACCUGGAUUAA